AUGGGGAGAGGGAGAGUGCAGUUGCGGAGGAUAGAGAACAAGGUCAACAGGCAGGUGACGUUCUCGAAGCGGCGGUCCGGUCUGCUGAAGAAGGCGCAUGAGAUCUCUAUUCUGUGCGACGCGGAAGUGGCUCUUAUCGUCUUCUCCACCAAGGGGAAGCUCUUCGAGUACUCUACGGAUUCCUGGUAA